UCAAGCAAAGGAACCAUGCUUUGCAGAGAGCAGCAAGGGUCUGUAGAUGCAUAUGAAAGACUGAAUCCCCUUUCUAACUCGACGGUAAUUGUAUUCUUCUCUUUGUGAUUGUUCUUUUUCGAAUCGUUCAUUGUCGAACCGAUACUUUUGGGUACCUCUUGUUUCUCAGUCCCUUCUCUUACUGUUCGCAAAGAUGGAGCAACCAUCAUCGAAAUAUUCAAACCAGCGAAUCGCUGGAAAGGAGCAUAUCCCUCUUUACCCAAAAGGGUUCGUCGCCGUUCGUAUCAUUCAAUUAGUCCUCGCGAUUAUUUGCCUGGGAUUGAGUGCUUUUGGUAUCGCAUAUCUUGUCUUUGCUGGAGAUGCUUUAACACUGUUCACUGCUAUCGUAACCCUUAUUACUAGCAUCUACUGCCUCAUCGCACACUUCGGACCCCCGAAGGCCUACAAUUAUUGGGCUAUCCUUGGCUUAGAUAUUUUCCUCGUUAUCUUUUGGCUCAUCUCAUUUGCCAUCCUUGCUUCCCAGGUCGCUUACGGGUUCGCUGUCUACGACUCUUAUAGCGAUUACUAUGACGAUUAUUACGACAUCAGCGAUUAUAAAGCCGCGUACAUGACAUAUGGCGGUUGCCUUGCCGGCGCUGCUGGUCUAGGUGGUGUUGAGUUUCUACUCUAUGUUAUCUCGCUAUCUAUUCACGGUGUUAUGCUACAUCGCCACCGUAAAGCCGGACUCAAGGCCAUGCCGAUCAGCACGACAUCAGGUGCUCCUGCAGCAGCCACUGGAGUACCAGCUGGCGGAGAGAAGUUCCAGAUGCAACCGCAAGCCACACCAGUCUACCCUCAACAAACCAUACCCAUGGACGGUACUUAUCCGCCCCAACAAGGCUAUUAUCCCCCGCAAUCUCCUUCUCCCCUCUCAUCCCAGCCCACUGGUAACACCUAUGUUCAACCCCAGCAGGUGGUGAAUCCCGGCCAACCCAUAUACGAAGUUCCCAGCCAACCUCAGCAAUAUCACCCUGCUCAGUAAAUCGGAUCAAUUAGUUGAACGAUGGAUUAACGGUAAUUCGCAUAGGACUCGGCGGUUCGGAUAUCGCAUUUGUGUUUUGGUGUUCAAAAAACUCGAACCACAACAAUAAAAGGGCAGGACAACUAUAUCUUUGUAUUGAAAUCUCAACAUGAAGGGGUAUUGAUUUUGGUACGCAUUGAUCAUUUCUAGAAUUUUCUCUAUUUUCUGGUUGCGCCUAUACCACGCGUGCAAGAGAUUGAUAUGAACUAUUAACUUUGUGAUCGAUUUUUUCCUCGUUAAUUGUUCGUAAAAGAGAAAGGAGCCCAAAAGGACUGCUUGCAACCCUGGAAUGUUGCCUUUCACCCUAGAAAACUGAAACCGGUAAUAACAAUACGGAAACAUCCAAUCACAGCUUGAGAUCCUCUCUCAUUGUAAAAGUGUUCUAUCCUCAAAGCCUUUGUUUGUCCAAGGGAAUUAUCGGAAGUAGUAUUAAAUC